AUGGGUUUCUUGAAACCCCACAAACCGAGUGAUUAUCCAUCUACUCUACUAUACAUCUUAGAUGAGACACAUAUAACAGUCACAUUGUCGACAGCUUUGGCAAUUUUAUAUACUAGAGAUGCUCAUGUGGUAUGGUUCGCCAUUGGAGCGUUAAACUCUUCUCUUUCAGCCAAACUACUUAAAAACCUAAUUCGAAACCCUCGUCCCCCGCCUCCCGACCCAUCUUCAUCCCCCUCUAAGAUCCGUCCAAAACGUACCUAUGGGAUGCCUUCCACGCACUCGACAGCUCUAACAUUCUACUUCAUCUAUCUCAUCCCUUAUGUCCAAUACCUUUCCUUCCCCCUUAGUUGGCUAGCAGGUAUAGGAGUAAGUGGAUAUUGGGUAUUGGGAUUAUGGUCCAGAAAGCAAUUGGGUUAUCAUACCUGGGAACAAGUACUGGGUGGUGCAUUGUACGGGACAUCACUUGCUUUAGGGUGGAAAUGGGUUUAUGGGAUGUAUCCUUCGAUCGGGACCGGAAUACAGGGUAUUGUGGAUGGUGUUCGGGCGAGGGUAUUUGGGUAA